CGGCCUGUGGGAAAAGGAGGGGCCUGUCGUAUAAUUUUACGGCACGAUGGCGGUCGCCAGGGAGACGGCGCGCUCCUUGGUAACGCGCUGCCUCCGGGCCCGCUGGGCCUGCAGCGGGCUGGGGUGGCGGUGGCCGGGGGCUCGGGAGCCGGGCGAGGCGCCUUCGGAUGGAGCCGCGGCGCUUGCGGGGCGGCUGCGGACCGGCGGCCGGCGGGAACCCACCGAGCCUCCGGCGGGCUGGUGGCGCCGUCCGCUGGCCUCCGUCCUGCAGUUCCGACCUCCGGCCGAUGAGCGUCGCUGUCAGGCGGCGCCCGACCUGCAGUUCCGACCUCCGGCCGAUGAGCGUCGCUGUCAGCCGGCGCCCGACCUGCAGUUCCGACCUCCGGCCGCGGCGGGGCGCUGCCUCUGGAUGUCUGGGCUGCAUGCCUGGCCUCCGGCCGCUGGGUGGCACCACCUGUGGGUCUCCGGGCUGCAGUUGAGCAGUGCGGCCAGGGGGAGGCGAUCACGGCCGGGCGAGGAGGAAGGGGAUUGGCCGCUGGGAUCCGCGGCCUGGCUGUGCACCCUGGCAGCCGCCCUGGCCUACUGCUCCAGCAGGACGCCGGGCUCGGAUGGUCAGGCGUUACUGGAAGCUGCUCGUCUGAACAACGUGGCUGAGGUCAGCAGGAUGCUGUUGAAUGGGGUUCCCGUCUCAUACAGGCACAAGCUGGGUUGGACCCCUCUCAUGGUCGCAGCCAUGAACAAGAACCACAGCGUGGUGAAAGUUCUGUUGGAGGGCGGUGCUGAUCCCAACCUUGGAGAUGAAUUCAGAAAUGUGUACGAGACAUCAAGGGAGAAACGCAUCCACUCUCUGGAAGUGCUGGUGAGCAGGGAAGACGAGUUCAGCAAUCGGCUGAACACGCGGGCCAGUUUCCGUGGCUGUACGGCCCUGCACUACGCCGUGCUGGCUGAUGACUACAGCACCACCCAGCUGCUGCUUGAGGCCGGUGCCAAUCCCUCGCUGCAGAACGACAUGGGACACACACCCAUCGAUUAUGCCAGGGAAGGUGAAGUCAAGAAACUGCUGAAGGAGGCUGAAGUGAAGUACCAGGAACAGCAGAGGAAGCGGGAGGCAGAGGAGCGCAGGCGAUUUCCCCUGGAGCAGAGACUGAAAGAACACAUCAUCGGUCAGGAGACCGCUAUCGCAACUGUGGCAGCAGCCAUCCGAAGAAAGGAGAAUGGCUGGGCAGAUGAUGAGCAUCCACUGGUCUUCCUUUUCCUCGGCUCGUCUGGGAUUGGAAAGACGGAGCUGGCCAAGCAGAUCGCCAAGUACAUGCACAACGACAUCAAGAAGAAAUUCAUCAGGCUUGACAUGUCAGAAUUCCAGGAAAAACAUGAAGUUGCCAAGUUUAUCGGCUCUCCUCCUGGUUACGUGGGCCACGAGGAAGGCGGUCAGCUGACCAAGAAGCUGAAGCAGAGUCCGAACGCAGUGGUUCUGUUCGAUGAGGUUGACAAGGCCCAUCCCGAUGUGCUGACCAUCAUGCUGCAGCUCUUUGAUGAGGGCAGGCUGACUGAUGGCAAGGGGAAGACCAUCGAAUGCAAGGACGCAAUCUUCAUCAUGACCUCCAAUGUAGCCAGUGAUGAAAUCGCUGAGCACGCACUGCAACUGAGGCAGGAAGCCCAGGAGUUGAGCAAGAAACGACUGGCUGAGAAUCUAGAUGAUGAACUUCUAACAGAGAAAGUGACCAUCUCCAAGCAAUUCAAAGAGCACGUGAUCAGACCCAUCCUGAAGGCCCACUUCCGACGGGAUGAAUUUCUGGGCAGAAUCAAUGAAAUUGUUUAUUUCCUCCCCUUCUGCCAUUCGGAGUUGAUUCAGCUGGUCAACAAGGAGUUAAACUUUUGGGCCAAGAAGGCCAAGCAGCGACAUGAUAUCACCCUGCAGUGGGACCGGCAAGUGAUGGAUGUUCUGGCAGAAGGGUACAACCUGCACUACGGGGCUAGAUCCAUCAAACACGAGGUGGAGCGACGGGUUGUUAACCAGUUGGCAGCUGCCUACGAGCAGGAGCUGCUGCCUCAUGGCUGCAUCCUGCGCAUCGCUGUAGAAGGCCCUGGCGCGGGGGCGGUGAAGGGACAAGCUGGGAAGCCAAGGGAGGCUGACUCCAAGGGUGCGAAGAUCAGGCUGGAGAUCGUGGACAAAGAUAGCAAGUCCCGCCGGCUGGAUAUUCAGCCCCCAAUUAAAGCCAACAAGGUGGCUCACUGGCGAUAGAGCAGAACGGACGUCGACCCUGGGCACUUGAAUGGAAACACUGGACCCCAGUUGUACCCCCUCUAAACCCCCCCCCAUCCCCCCAAUCCCACCCUGACCUCUGAAUCGUUGCCACCUUCCCCACUGUAGUCGCUGACUCCUGCCAUGCACAGGGUCACUCGCCAUGGGAGAUGUACCAGAGACGAGGAUGAAGGACUGAACAGCCUCCCCUUGCUGCAGGAACCGGGGGCAAGUGUUUGGGAUUUGAUGGUUCCAGGACGGUUUCCAAAUGUCACCCAGAAACACUGCAGCUUUGGUUCCAAAGCAGGGCGUGGGUGGUGAAAGCUGCCAGUUUGUACAGAGUAAGUGACACACUAACCACCGAGAGAGAGAGGUGUAUAAAUUGUGUGUUUCUGGUGGUAAACGGGUAGCCAAUUUGGAAUUAUUUUGCCUGAAUUAUACUUUGAACUGCACAAGCUCAGAGCAGUGGGCCUUGUUAUUUCCCUGGUCUCGUCAAACACAGGGCAACCAAAUGCAGUGCGACCUUCUCAGCACCCUCUGCUGUGGAGUUCAGCAUCGUCACUGGGUGGAAUCCCGUUCCACACUGACCUGCAAACCCAACCUUGCAGCCUGACCCCCCUCACCAGCUGCUGCA